GGACUACCAGGUGGGGCCCGGCAGCGAGGGACAGAGUGACGACAGAGGGGCGGGGAGAGAUGGGCGGCAGCUCGAGGCCAGGGAAGGAGGGAGGAGACGCAGGGACGGGCGUGACGUUGUUGUUGUUGUUAGAUGCCCUCGAGUGGGUUCCGACUUAUAGCGACCCUGUGUACAACAGAAUGAAACACUGCCGGGUCCUGCGUCAUCCUCACAAUUGACGUAACAGGAGUGAUAAACCUGGCGGCCGGAGCGGGAAUGAGAGGCCGCCUGAGGGUGGGACGAGAGGAUUGACGUCUCAGGGGCGGGCCUAGAGGGUAGUGAAUGACAGCCAGAGAGGCCGGCCCCAAAGGUGGUGUGUCCGUAAGCCGUCGGUAUCAGCUCCCCAAGGAAUUCUUCCAGCUGAACUUCCGCAGCUUGGAGACUUCGUGUCGGAGGCGAGGGACGGGUUGCGGUCGCUGCCCGGGCCGCCACCUCCUGACCCUCUCUCAGCGCCCCCCUUCCCCUGGUGUCUGCCCUGAGGAGGUGGGGGAGAGGUGCAGAGAGAUCACGCGGGUCCGAAGGAGGUUUCCAUCUGCCAAGCCACCUGCCCUGUCCGAGCCCAGUGAAAUUCAGCCACCGGUAUCCACCCACCCCUGGUCGCACUGCGAGAUCUGUCUUCCUGGCGGGUCGGGGCGGGGCAACUCGAUAUUAGCGGGUCACCUUGGCAGCCCUGGGACAGCCCUGGUUUUGACCUGGCUGGCCAGGCCACUGUAGCAGAGGCUCUUCCCAGACUCGCCUCUGUAGCCGCGGGUCUUUGUACGUGUUUUCCUGAGCCUGUCCAGGCACCCUCAGGCUGACGCUGCCUGUCGCCCUGCAAGCCUCAGUGCUCCUUAAUCACUGCGCCCCCGAAGGGUUGGCAGAGCCUGCAUUCCUGCUGGUGAGCGGGGUAGGCCUCACCCUCCUGCCCAGACCACACCCGCUCUGUUCACCAGCACGCUCCCACCCAACUGGCCCCACUAUCUUGUUGUUAGGUGUCCUCAAGCCAGUUCCUACUCAUAGCAACCCUAUGAACAACAGUAGGAAAUAAUGCCUGUCCUGGGCCAUUCUCACAAUCAUUGUAAUGCUUGAACCCAUUGUUGCAGCCACUGUGUCAAUCUCAUUGAGGAUCUUUCUCUUUUUCGAUGGCCCUCUCCUUUACCAAGCAUGAUGUUCUUCUCUAGGGACUGAUCCCUCCUGACAACAUGUCCAAAGUAUGUGAGACGCAGUCUCGCCAUCCUUGCCUCUAAGGAGCAUUCUGGCUGCACUUCUUAAAAGACAGGCUUGUUCAUUUUUUUGGCAGUGCAUGGUAUAUUCAAUACUCUUCGCCAACAGCACAAUUCAAAGGCAUCGAUUCUUCUUCGGUCUUCCUUAUUCAUCGUCCAGUUUUUGCACGUAUAAGAGGUGACUGAAAACACCAUGGCUUGGGUCAGGCGCACCUUAGUCUUCAAGUAGGUUAGACCGGAGCAGACUGUGCUGCUGGAUCUCUCCUGACGUGGAAAACACGUCCAGAGUGCCACUGCUUGCCUCACUGAACCCCGAUCUGAGCGGCAGGGUGCCAGUUCCUGCCAGGUCUCAGCCUGUUCCUGCUGCACUCACAUGUAGGGCCCAUCGCGGUUCAGGACUUGGAGACACUGCUCCGCAUCGUCCUGCAGGCGGCGUACUGACGGAUAUCAACCGUGAGCCGCCCCCGGUGUCCAUCCGCGCCGUCGGUAGCCCUGGGGGACGGACGUCCAGACAGAUGUUCUCUGUCACAGCAUCGCCCCACAUCUGAGGCUUGGAGUUCCCACAGGGGUGGGGCUGGGGAAGGGCAGGAAAGAACAGAGGGUUGCAUUCCCCAAAUGCCUUCCCUUGGGAGGCUCUGAAAAGAUGAGGAAACUGAGGCCCAGAAAUGGAGCCCCUUGGCCGCCCAGGGAGGCAGUGGUAGAACCCAUCCAUACAUCUGGACACUCACUCCAGUGCAGUCACACCCUCCUCACCUCCAGGGGGCGCCCGCCUGCCUCUGGAGACAUCUGGCAAGACUAAAGGUAGGUAGUUCCCCAAAUGCCUGAAGGGGAUUUUUCCCUGCCCUCUGUCCAUAGUCUACUCUUUAGGACAUCUUGCUCAGUGUUGAAGAAGUAAGGUGGUCCUCUUGGCUUAAAACCAAAUCAAACCCGUUGCAGUCGAGUGGAUUCCGAUUCAUAGCGACCCUAUAGGACAGAGAGGAACUGCCCCAUAGCGUUUCCAAGGAGCACCUGGUGGAUUCGAACUGUUGACCUUUUGGUUAGCAGCCAUAGCUUUUAACCACUAGGCCACCAGGGCUACCCCUCUUGGCUUGAGGCCCCUCAAAUCUGAAAUUUCCUUCGUAGGGAAGGGGCAGCUUCUGGUAGAGGCCACUAUGGGGUGCUUGAGCAUGCCUAACUAGUCCUCAGACCUGGGGGUCUCUUGGAGAUCCAGGAGACUCCCAAGCGGUCUUUUUAGGGCUGUGUCUGUCCCUGCUGAGGUCUAGAAUGGAGGUGAUAUGCCUCCCGUCCACAUAGGAUCCCUCCAGCCCCUUCCUCUGAGCUCCUGUCCUUCCAGGCUCUUCUACCCCAGAGACUAAACUCCCUCCCUCCAGAAAUGGCUGGAGUUGGUCUGUGGCCUCACUGGGCAAAGGGCUGGGUGGGAGCUGGGCACACCUCACGGGCCCAGAGCCGUGAGAUCUAGAAAGUACAGGUCCCCAGGCCAGAAGAGUCACAGCUUUUAGCCAGCAGUCCACCAUCAAUGUACUAACACAAUCCCAGACCACAUUUACUGAACUCAUGCUCUCCUCCAUUUAGCCAUAUUUCCCCUGCCUACCUUCAGUGGUCUCCCAUUGUCUUUAGACUAAAAUUCAAGAUCUUCACCAAGCCUAUGAAGCCCUGCUUGGUGGUCCAGCCCCUCCCCAUCUUCCCCCCCCCCCCCCAGUAUUUCCCUCCCUUGUUAGACUUUGGACAAGCUGGCCUCCCUUAUGUUCUUUGAAUACACCCCGUGUUUUCCUGCCUCCGGGCCUUUGCACAAGCCAUUCCUUCUCCUGGAACUAGACUGUACACCCUGUAAAGGCAGGGGCUGUCUGGAUCUCAACAUCCCCAAGCAUUUAGCCACAUGAAUAGCAGACAUUCAGUACAUAAGUGACAACUGUAAUACCAGUACCAGCUGCUGUCAAGUUGACUCUGACUCAUGGUGACCCCAUGGGUGUCAGAGUAGAACCAUGCUCCAUGGGGUUUUCAAUAACUGGUAUUUCAGAAGUAGAUCACCAGGCUGUUUUCCCCAGGCAUCUCUGGGUGGGCUCGAACCUCCAACCUUUCAGUUAGCAGCUGAGCACGAGCGUGGACCAUUUAUACCACCCAGGGACUCCCAGCUGUGAUACCAAAAAAACAAACCAAACAUACUUCCGUUGAGUCGAUUCUGACUCAAAGCGACCCAAUACAACAGAGUUGAACUGCCCCAUAGGGUUUCCAAGGAGCGGCUGGUGGAUUUGAACUGCUGACCUUUUGGUCAGCAGCCGAGCUCUUAACCACUGUGUCGCCAGGGCUUCCCCAGCUGCAAUAGGUCAUAGUAAAUAAUUCUCAAAUAAAUGUGUCUGAUGCUUUCUUAUUAACUGAUUCAGUCUUUACAGCAGCCCUGUGAGGUAGGAACUAUUAUUAGCUUCCUUCUUAGAAAUAAAAACAGGGCCUCAGAGACCUUAAGCUCUUGGUUGGAGGUCACACAGCAAAAGUCUGAGCCCCAGCAGGAGUUCUCUCACUUGGUAUGGGGGGAGGUACAUCACAGGCCAACUCCCAAAUCCUUGAAGGCUUCCUGGAGGAGGAGGCAUUUGGGCAUGGGCUGGAAGACUUGGGUCUGCAAAGGCUGAAAGAGAGCAUUCCAGGCAGAGGGAGCAGCAAUGAGCAAAGGUGUGGAGGCGGGGAGACCCUGCUUCUGGGACUGCUCAUCUCAGAGGGCUGGGACCACUGGGACACACAGAGCCGGGACUCAGGCGCUGUCAGCUAUGGGUCUCCAGAGGCAGGAGCCCCGUGGAUGGGGGAACUGAGGUGGGGAGUUGCUCUGCAGUCCAUCUCCCCAGGCUGUGGCCCCCAGGGACGCGGGUUGGGCGCUCCCACGCCGAGACGAGGCAGGACGUUCCCACGCGGCGGCGUCCCUGGGGAAAGCUGUGGGGCGGGCCCAAGGGCUGGCGCUGCGCUCAGGUCCCUCCGCAGCCCUUUCUCCGUUACUCGCUCCGAAGACUGAGGUUGCUGGCCGCUGCCGCCAAGGCUGUGAGAUGCUGUCCAGAGCCACCUGGAGCCUGGUGCUGAGACAAGGAGGACUUGGAAUGCGAGGGAUACACAGCCCAGGAGGCACUGCCCAGGGUGAGGGGAAGAUGCCCCCCUACACCAGCUACCACGCCGAGCGCUCCUACCCAAUGCCAGAUGAGCCCUUUUGCACAGAGCUCAGCACCGAGCAGCGGGCCCUGAAGGAGAAGGAGAAGGGCAGUUGGACCAAGCUGACCCAUGCCGAGAAGGUGGCCUUGUACCGGCUCCAAUUUCAUGAGAGCUUCGCAGAGAUGAACCGUCGCUCCAACGAGUGGAAGACAGUGAUGGGAGGUGUCUUCUUCUGCUUUGGAAUCACAGCUCUGCUGAUUUGGUGGCAGCGGGUCUAUGUGUUCCCGGAGAAACCCAUCACCCUGACAGAUGAGUGGAAGGCCAAGCAGCUCCAGCGCAUCCUGGAUAUGAAAGGCAACCCUGUGCAAGGCCUGGCCUCCCGAUGGGACUACGACAAGAAGGAGUGGAAGAAGUGACACUGCACUCUAGCCUGCUGUCCCUGCAGUCCCUCCUCUGAUGGCUCUGCCUCUGGCAGCCUCUCCCCUGCCCUUCACCUCAAUAAAGCUGGGCCUGUUUGCUUCUG